GCAACUUGGUACACUACUUCCCUCAGCGCACCGCCGUCAUGAAGCUCCGUGAUGUCUGGUAAAGUAUCAGAUGACAUUUCCCAUGUCAAUCAAUGGCAUCUCGCUCUGCAUGUCGCCCAGCACCGCUCAAUAAGAUCGAUAGCACACCCGCCUCUGCGCUUUGCUGCGGGGCAGUGCGGUGGAGACAUCACCGGCUGCGCUCCCGUUGCCACGGCUGCUCCCUGCGUAUGGCUUGGCUGUGACACAAGCGCGCGACACUCAGGGGGCCUUCGCUGAUCGAUGCAUCAACGGGCUUCUGGACUAUAUAAGACCCCUCGAAUCCGUAUCGAUAUUCCCCCAGCUCUCAGACUCGCCAUCACAACAACGUAUUCUCGCACGCACUAGACAUUAUGGCUUGGUUCAGUCACGAAUCCGACGAAGCUCAGGCCUGGAACCAGGUCCAGAACAGUGAACACAAAGCGCACCUGUCCCACGAGCUUAUCGCAGCCGCCGCUUCCUACGAAGCCGCCAAGGCGUAUGAGCAACACUGCGAGCGCAACGGCAAACCCCAGAGCCACCAGCAGGCCAAGGAGGUCCUUGCUGCUCUAUCUGGUGCCUUCAUCGACCGUAUCGUCGAGACCAAGGGUCUUGACAUGGUUGACAAGCAGAAGGCUAAGCACCAUGCUCACGAGCGCAACGUUGGUGCAUACGAUGCUACCGAAGGCAGGUGAUCAAGUAUUCGCGCCAUCUGUACAUCACAGUCGUAUCAUUAUAUCAGAAAAGGAACGGUGUACAGUAUCGAUGUAACACAUUCAAUCAUGAGAAGUCCCAGCGAGCAGACCAUGCGUAAACACGAAACCCUUGUUGUGAUUUGCCCUGCUGUCUCAGCCCCGAACGGGUUUCACGUUGGUCGCAACCAAGCAAUUGUGC